UGUUAUGGGUGUACAGUGCUAGCAUGAUUCACCGAUUAAUGUUUAUGGUGAUAUAAAUAGUGGAUAUCCUUUGUUGAUCUCUUGUAUUUGUUCAUGGUGCUAUGUGAAGUAAACUAGGCUUGUCUAGGAGCCUUCUGAGUCAUCAGAUAGGAACAGUAACUGCAAUUGCUAUUCAGGCUUAUUUGGAUUCACUGCACACUACGUGAUGGAGAAAGACUUACAAAGGACUCAGGGGGAAGAAAGUGAGAGAGGUUUGCCUCUUGUCCAUGAAACUGGAGAUGAUCUUCAAGUUACUUAUCAGGAAGUGGAAGGAACAAGAGAACUCAACUAUCAGCAAUCCAUAGAAGUUCAGCAUGUUACUCAUCAUCAGACAUUUGAAACAGAACAUAUCCAACAGCGAUCAGUUGAUGUUCAGCAGGUUCAGCAGUUUUCUACCCAACAUUCAUAUGAAGCACAAAAUAUUACCCACAAGCAUUCAUUUAGUAGAGAGGAAAAUUCUCAACAACAGUCAUAUAGUAUUCAGGAUGAAGUUAUUCAUCAUCUUGAUGAAGCAGAUCAAAAUCAGAUUAUUCACCAACAGUUAGUUGAGGUUCAGCAAAUUACUCAGCCCAUUGAAAAAAGUCAGAUUAGUCAUCAACAGUCGGUUGAUACUGUCUUUACUUCUCAGAGCCUCCAAGAAGGAAAGCAGAUUCCUCAAGCAGGAUUACAUAUUGUAAAGCACACUACCACUGAACAAGUUUCAGGGGGGAUACAUUUUGUAAAACAAUAUACAGUUGAUAGUCAGAAAAGCUCUCAGUUAGAGUACAAUACUCAAGAAGAACAAAUUGAUCAUGGCAACUCCACCAUUAUCAGUGGAAAACAGACUGAUGGUGAGAAAGAUGGCUCAUGGCAUGAUGCUUUAAAAGGUGCCUGGCAGCAAAGCUUUGGGCAGAUUGGUGACAGUCAGCAGAUAUUGGACAAGUAUGGGAAAGAAAUGUCAAUUGAAAAAAUAUGUGGCAAUGUCACAAAUGGAAAAGGAGAUGCAAACAUUGCAGAAUUUACUGUAGACAAGCAGUAUAAUUUUGAUGGUAAAGAUGUUGCUGAUGGAGAUUCAGAAAAUCCUUUUCGAGAAACAUGUCAAGGAACAGAGUGGAAGGAAACUAUUACACAGUGGGAGGAUUCAGCCACAGAGAGUGUUACAGCUGGAAAAGCCCGAGAAGGGUUUACUAGGGCGUCCAGAAGAUCAACUUCACAGUCAUCUAGUGAAUGUUCUUUAGAUGCUAUGAGCUCUCCCAAAAGUUAUGACAAAGGUGCAGUUUUUAAGUUUUCGCACUGGACACCUGGUCGAACUCAGUCUGUCCGUCAAAUCAAGGUUCGUACGCAAGAUGUUCGCCGGACGACAAGUGUUGGAGGUGAAAAUGAACCUUGGUAUUCUACAAUGGAACAUCAUAUCAGAGUCUUAAAAGAUGAGAGAGAGAGCGUGCAGAAGAAGACUUUCAUGAAAUGGGUGAAUUCCCACCUAGUACGAGUGAACGCACGUAUAGGAGACCUAUAUGUGGACUUACGAGAUGGAAAGCAGCUCAUCAAACUCCUGGAAAUUCUUUCAGGAGAGAGAUUGCCACGACCGACCAAAGGAAAGAUGCGAAUUCACUGCUUGGAAAAUGUAGACAAAGCUCUUCAGUUCCUUCGUGAUCAACGAGUCCACUUGGAGAACAUGGGUUCCCAUGAUAUUGUGGAUGGCAAUGCUCGUCUCACACUUGGUCUUAUCUGGACUAUCAUCCUUCGCUUCCAGAUCCAAGACAUCACCAUUGAAGAGACUGAGAACCAAGAGACCAAGAGUGCUAAGGAUGCUUUACUCCUUUGGUGCCAGAUGAAGACAGCUGGUUAUCAUAAUGUUAACAUCAGGAACUUUACCACCUCAUGGAGGGAUGGUUUAGCCUUCAAUGCUAUCAUUCACAAGCACAGGCCUGACUUGAUUCAGUAUGAGAAAUUGUCACGAUCAAAUGCAAUGUACAACCUCAAUAAUGCCUUUAAUGUUGCAGAAAACAAGUUAGGUCUCACCAAGCUGUUAGAUGCUGAGGAUGUCUUUGUUGAACAGCCUGAUGAGAAGUCAAUUAUCACCUAUGUUGUCACCUACUACCAUUACUUCUCCAAACUCAAGCAGGAGACGGUCCAGGGCAAACGUAUUGGCAAGGUUGUAGGUAUUGCCAUGGAGAAUGACAGAAUGAUUAAGGAAUACGAGAGUCUUACAUCAGAUUUACUGAAGUGGAUUGAAGUCACUAUUGAAUCCCUAAAUGACAGAGUUUUCACCAACUCGCUUACUGGUGUACAAGCGCAGCUCACACAAUUCAAUACUUACCGUACUGUGGAGAAACCACCAAAAUUCGUUGAGAAGGGCAACCUGGAGGUGCUGCUCUUUACUCUUCAGUCCAAAAUGAGAGCCAACAACCAGAAACCCUAUUUGCCAAAGGAGGGCAAGAUGAUUAGUGACAUCAACAAGGCCUGGGAACGCCUGGAGAAGGCUGAGCAUGAACGUGAGUUGGCACUGAGAGAGGAACUCAUUCGUCAAGAGAAGCUUGCACAGCUUGCUGCUAGGUUCAACCGUAAGGCAGGCAUGAGAGAGACUUGGUUGUCUGAGAACCAGAGAUUGGUUUCCCAGGAUAACUUUGGUUUUGAUCUGGCUGCUGUGGAAGCUGCAGCAAAGAAGCACGAAGCCAUUGAGACAGACAUAUUUGCUUAUGAGGAGCGUGUACAGGCAGUAGUCUCAGUUGCUAAUGAGCUAGAAGCAGAACGUUAUCAUGAUAUCGAACGCAUCAAUGCUAGGAAAGACAAUGUGCUACGACUCUGGAACUACCUGCUUGAGCUUCUCAGGCUGCGCCGUAUGAGGCUUGAACUGUCUCUACAGUUGCAACAGAACUUCCAGGAAAUGAUGUACAUCUUGGACUCCAUGGAAGACAUGAAGCUCCGUCUCCUGAGUGAAGACUAUGGAAAACAUCUCAUGGGUGUGGAGGACUUGUUACAGAAGCACUCUCUGCUGGAGGCUGACAUCAAUGUCUUGGGUGAACGUGUCAAGACCGUAAUUGAACAUUCUCAGCGGUUCCUUGAUGAUGAACAAGUUGAAGGAUAUCGUCCAUGUGACCCAUCUAUUGUGCUGGAGCGUGUACAGCAACUUGAAGAUGCCUAUGGUGAGCUUGUCAAGUUGGCUGUCGAGAGGCGUCUCCGCCUGGAAGAGUCCCGCAAGUUGUGGCAGUUCUACUGGGACAUGGCAGAGGAAGAGAACUGGAUCAAGGAGAAAGAACAGAUUCUCUCCACAUCAGACAUUGGGCAUGAUCUCAUCACUGUGAACUUGCUCUUGACCAAACACAAAACAGUUGAAGAAGAGUUGUUGUCACAUGAGCCACAACUCAAGGCAGUUGUCAAGAGUGGAGAAGAGCUUAUUGCUCAGCAACACUUUGGCUCUGAUAAGAUUCAGGAAAGAAUUGAUGAAAUUAUGACCAUGUGGACUUCCCUUACAGAGAGAUCAGCCAACCGUAAGAAGAGGCUGACUGAUGCUGUAGACCUGCAUCAAUUCUACACAGAAGCUGAUGAUGUUGAUACCUGGAUGUUGGAUAUUUUGCGACUGGUAUCAAGCGAAGAUACUGGUAGGGAUGAAGCCACUGUGCAGUCUCUCUUGAAGAAACACAAGGAUGUUACUGAUGAGCUGAAGAACUAUGCUAGCACAAUUGAACAGUUGCACCAACAGGCAUCAGAGCUCAAUGAGGUUGACAGAGAAUCACCUGUGGUCAUUGAAAGAUUGGCAUCGAUUGACCGUAGAUACAAAGAAUUGCUUGAACUGGCUAAGGUGCGCAAGCAGAGACUGCUGGAUGCUCUGUCACUAUAUAAAUUGUUCACAGAGGCAGAUGGUGUUGAACAAUGGAUUGCAGAAAAGGAGCGUAUGCUUCUUACCAUGGUACCAGCUAAGGACAUUGAAGACUGUGAGAUCAUGAAGCACAGAUAUGAAGGAUUUGAACAAGAAAUGAAUGCCAAUGCUAGUCGUGUAGCAGUUGUGAACCAGCUAGCUCGUCAGUUGUUGCAUGUUGAGCAUCCAAACUCGGAGGACAUCAUUGCCCGUCAGAACCAGCUAAACCAACGGUGGGCUGAGCUCAGAGAAAAGGCAGAAAGCAAGCGUGAAGAACUCAGCUCUGCCCAUGGUGUUCAAACAUUCCAUAUUGAAUGUAGGGAAACAGUUCUUUGGAUUGAAGAUAAGAAGCGUGUGUUGAUGGAAACUGCUGACCUAGGCACAGAUCUCAGUGGCAUCAUGACACUCCAGCGUCGUCUCUCUGGCAUGGAAAGAGACCUGGCAGCUAUUCAGGCUAAACUUGAUGCCCUUGAAAGUGAAGCAGAUAAGAUCAGCCAAGAUCAUCCAGAAGAGGCUGAACUCAUCCGUGAGCGCAUUGAACAGAUCCGUUCAGUGUGGGACCAACUCACUCAGCUUCUCAAGGAGCGUGAUGCCAAACUUGAAGAGGCUGGUGAUCUUCAUCGCUUCUUGAGAGAUUUGGACCACUUCCAGUCAUGGUUAACCAAGACAAUGACAGAUGUGGCAUCAGAAGAUAUUCCUUCAAAUCUUGCUGAAGCAGAGAAGCUGCUGAGCCAGCACCAGUCCAUUCGCGAGGAGAUUGAUAAUUACACAGAAGACUAUAUUAAGAUGAUGGAGUAUGGUGAACGUAUUACAGCAGAAGAUGUUACACCAGCAGAUGAUGCACAGUACAUGUUCUUGAGAGAGAGACUGAAGGCCCUCAAGGAUGGAUGGGCAGAGUUGCACCAGAUGUGGGAGAACAGACAGGAACUUCUGUCACAGUCCCUUAACUUACAGAUGUUCUUGCGUGAUGCCAAACAGGGAGAAGUUCUACUCAGUCAACAGGAACAUUACCUUAGCAAGGAUGAGACUCCAACCAAUUUGGAACAGGCAGAGAACCUUAUCAAGAGGCAUGAGGCAUUCCUUACUACCAUGGAAGCUAAUGAUGAGAAGAUCAAUGGCAUCUGCCAGUUUGCUCAGAGAUUACUUGAUGAAGAACAUUUUGCUGCCGACAAAAUUCAGAAAAAGGCUGAAAAUAUUGAAGAACGCCGCCAGCAGAAUAGAGAUCGCGCCAUGGAACAGAUGGAACGCCUACGGGACCAACUCCAAGUCCAUCAAUUCCUCCAAGAUUGUGAAGAACUUAAUGAUUGGGUACAAGAGAAACAUAUCAUUGCUCAAGAUGAGAGCUAUCGAUCAGCUAAGACAGUCCACAGUAAAUGGACUCGACACCAGGCCUUUGAAGCAGAAAUUGCAAGUAACAAAGACAGAUUGGUUAGAGUACAAGAAGCUGGAGAAGUGUUGGUAAAAGAGAAGCCUGAAAUGGCUGAACUAAUUGGACCAAAGAUAUCGGAAUUAAAUCAACACUUCGAUGCCCUAGAGACCACCACCAAAGAAAAGGGAGAACGACUCUUUGAUGCUAACAGACAGGUGCUUUAUGAACAGACGUGUGAUGACAUUGACACCUGGAUGACAGAUCUUGAGAAGCAGAUUGAAGGUGGAGACACUGGAAUGGAUCUGACAUCUGUAAACAUUCUUAUGCAGAAACAACAAAUGAUUGAGACACAAAUGGCUGUUAAGGCCAAGCAGGUUGAACAACUGGAGAGCCAGGCAGACUACCUGCAGCGCAUGACACCUGAGAAGACAGAGGAAAUCAAACAUAUGAAGACAAAAGUGGAAGCCAAAUUUGAAUCCCUUAAAGCUCCUCUUGUUGAACGCAAUGUGUUGUUAGCCAAGAAGAAAGAGGCAUACCAGUUCAGGAGAGAUGUUGAGGAUGAGAAGCUCUGGAUUUUAGAGAAAAUGCCUCUAGCAACAAGCCCUGAUUAUGGCAACUCCUUGUUCACCGUCCACAUGCUAAAGAAGAAACUCCAGUCCCUUAGUACAGAGAUUGAUAAUCACGAACCUAGAAUUAAUUUAGUCUGUGACAAUGGUAGGAAGCUCAUUGAAGAGGGACAUGUGGAUGCUGAAGAAUUCCAGAAACUGCUCGAGGAUCUGCUUGAUCACUGGACCAAACUCAAAGAUGCUAUGGAACACAGGCGAUCGAAACUCCUGGUGUCUGAGAAAGCACAACAGUACCUCUUUGAUGCAGGUGAAGCUGAGGUAUGGAUGAGUGAGCAAGAGUUAUACAUGAUGGUAGAGGACAGAGGCAAGGAUGAAAUCUCCGCACAGAACCUAAUGAAGAAACACCAAACUCUAGAAAACUCUGUUGAUGACUAUGCUGAGACGAUAAGACAACUAGGAGAGACGGCUAGACAUCUCAUCAACGAAGGCCAUCCUGACAGUGAACAGAUUGGUAUCCGACAAUCCCAAAUUGAUAAGUUGUAUGCAGGAUUGAGAGAUCUGGCAGUUGAGCGCCGCAGUAAGUUGGAUGAAGCUCUCAAAUUGUUCAUGCUUAACCGAGAGGUUGAUGACUUGGAACAAUGGAUCGCUGAGAGGGAAGUGGUUGCGGGAUCUCAUGAACUUGGACAAGAUUAUGAACAUGUCACGAUGCUGCGAGACAGAUUUAAGGAAUUCGCUCGUGAUACAGAGGCAACUGGAACAGAACGUGUUGCAGCCGUUAAUGAGAUUGCUGAUCAGCUCAUAUCAGCUGGCCAUUCUGAUGCAGCAACGAUAGCAGAAUGGAAGGAUGGCUUGAAUGAAUCUUGGGCAGACCUCCUAGAGUUGAUUGAGACACGCACCCAGAUGUUGGCAGCUUCAUGGGAACUCCACAAAUUCUUCCAUGAUUGCAAGGAUGUCCUUAGCCGAAUUUUGGAGAAACAGAACAGCAUCUCGGAUGAGCUUGGCCGUGAUGCAGGUUCAGUAUCUGCACUACAGAGGAAACAUCAGAACUUUGUACAGGAUCUGGUCAUGUUGAAACAACAAGUGGAACAAAUUCAAGAAGACUCAUCCAAACUCCAAGCUGCUUAUGCUGGUGAUAAGGCGAGAGAGAUCACAAAUAGAGAAGCUGAGGUUGUGUCUGCAUGGUUGAACAUGCAAGGAAUGUGUGAGGAUCGUCGUGUCAAACUCAACGACACUAGUGACUUGUUCAAAUUCUUCAAUAUGGUGCGCACACUUAUCCUCUGGAUGGAUGAUGUUAUUCGACAGAUGAACACUACAGAAAAGCCAAGGGAUGUUAGUGGUGUAGAAUUACUAAUGAAUAACCAUCAGAGCCUGAAAGCGGAAAUUGAUGCUCGAGAAGACAACUUCAAUGUGUGUGUAUCACUCGGAAAAGAACUUCUCUCUCGCAACCACUAUGCUUCAGGAGAAAUAAAAGACAAGUUGAUGUCUUUGAGUAACCAGCGCAACAACAUGCUUCAGCGCUGGGAGGAACGAUGGGAACAUUUGCAGCUCAUUCUGGAGGUGUAUCAGUUUGCUCGUGAUGCUUCAGUUGCUGAACAGUGGCUCAUGGCACAGGAACCAUACCUAACUUCGACAGAACUUGGAGUAAGUUCUAUUGAUGAACUUAUGAAUUGGUUGAUGAUGAGGUCAAUUGAUGAUGUGGAAAAUCUCAUCAAAAAGCACGAAGCCUUUGAGAAGGCAUGUUCAGCUCAGGAGGAACGGUUUGCUGCGCUUGAGAGGUUAACAACGCUAGAAGCCAUAGCAAAAACAGAUUCUCCGAAGCCAUCAGAUGCCUUGGGUGACGGGAGUAGCAUAGAAGUUCUUCCUACCUUCAACUGUUUCAUCUCCCUUCCUCCCUAUUCCCCAAGACCACCCAACAUACGUCGUCAUUCCUUACCCACCCCUGUACAUGCUUUCUUUACAGCAUUUUCAUGUCCUGCACUCACAGAAAUACAAGCCAGCAGACACAGCUUUCCAAUAAGAUUGUCAUCUGAGAUUUCAUUAGUUAAGAUGUAUCCUAAAGGAUCUUUGAAGCGUCACAGAAGGAGACUGAAUUCAAGCUCAAACCCACAGCUCUCUCAGACCAUCCAUAUAAAAGAUUCAGACACUGAUAACCUCUUUGCAGAAAUGCGUAAUCAGAGAUGUAGUUAUUACACAGACCGACCUGUUAGUGAUCCAGUAGAGAAUUCAGUGAUGCUUAGUUCAAAAGUGUCAUCAGUUGACAGCCCAUUCACAUCUCCAAGUGUUGGUAAUGAUAGAAAUGAUAAGAAAUCAGAUGGUAUUAUUUUACUAGAGGAACCUCAAAAAGACUGGGAUUGUAAGUCUUCGAGUUCAGUUGGCGAGUUUGUAAGUCUAGAUCAUUAUGAAGCUCCCUAUCUAGAAGAGUCUUUGUAUAGAAUAACAGAAUUUUGCUUCUCUAAAAAGAAUGAACAUCAGGAUGCUGGUUUUGAAAGCACUGAUAAUGUUGUUUUAAGAUUGCCUGAAGGUGAAAGUGGAGUUGAAAAUUGUCAGAGAAUAGGGAGAAGUCAGGUAUAUAGUUUUGCUGAUAAUGUGAGAGAUAGUACAACCCUCCCUCCAAUAUAUGAAAUGGAGGGGGAAGGCCUUGAUGUCACAGAACUGAGCAACCCUUCUGGUUCUGUAGAAUUUUGGAGUUAUGAAAGUCUCUUAGAUGAUAAAACAGAUAUAGUUAAUAAUUCCACCGAUGCUCUAAGGAAUUCAGAGAGAGAAAAGGUCUUGUCCCAUGCUCAGUAUUGUGGAGAUAAUGAUUCUAUAAUGAGUUAUUAUCCAGUUAUUCCUUGUAAUGGCUUAAAAGACUCAGUGCGUAAUGUAGACCAUCUUGUAGCUAGGCUAGAUGGUGUCUCUGUACAGGGGUGUCCCUCUCCUGCAUCUCCUUUUCCUCUAACACCUCCUAACACUUGUGAUUCCUCCCCUAAACUCACUAAUAGUAAACAAACUCCAAGAAAUAACCUGCAUGCACUCUCUCAGGUGAAGUUUGAGUUGAAAGAACUCAAGAGGAAAGAAGAAGAGGAGGAGGAGGAACGACGAAGACAAGAGGAGUUGGCAAGACAAGCAGCUGCUCCUCCUCCUCAGUCACCUGACCAGCCAACAGAUGGAGUUGAUGGUGCAGGAGAUGACUCACAUGUCAAUGGUGAAGAGCACGAUGAAUCACGAGAAGAGCAUGAAGAGGGUGCUGCAGUGAAGGGGGGAAGUGCACCUGGCACCCCUCGGCCCCCCUCCACUCCCGUCACCCCGACCCCAACAGCGGCUGCAGUCAGAGCCCGUCCGGGCUCGGCAACUCUCCCGCCCCAGUCAUCGAUUUCACCCCUCGCCUCGACCCCUACUCCUGCUAGUAAGGAGUCGCGACGGAGGGUGCGUUCUAGGUCCAAGUCCCCCUUCCGCUCUUUCCGUUGGAAGAAAACCAAGCAAUCUCCAUCCGAAGUACCGGGUAGUGCAUCUGACGAUGAGUCCAAUCUGGAGAGGGCAGCAGCCCCAAAGCACCCCCCCACAGUGGUCCCUGCGGCGACCAUAACCACUGCAGCGGCACCCACAGCCCCUGCCCCAGUCAAGGAAGAACGGCCGAGUCCCAGUGGAGACGAAGAUCAACUGGAAGGCAGUCUGGUUCGCAAGCAUGAAUGGGAGUCCACUACAAAGAAGGCAUCCAACAGGUCCUGGGAUAAGGUAUUUGUGGUGCUACGUGGCAACAUGAUUUUCUUCUAUAAAGACCGCAAGAGUUACCAGGCUGCCCCAGAAGUUUUCUUCAGAGCGGAAGCACCUGUUGAUGUCUCUGGGGGAACAGCAUCUGUGGCAGAUGACUACACAAAGAAGAAGCAUGUCAUGCGACUCAAGCUUGUUGGUGGUGCUGAGUACCUGUUCCAAGCCAAAGAUGAAGAGGAGUUGGCAGUAUGGGUAGGAGCUCUUCAAGCUGCAGUGUCCUCAGAAGGAUCAGCUGGGCCUUCUCGCUCUCAGACAUUGCCUGCUGGCUCAGAGAAGAAAGACGAGCCAAAACGUCGCAGCUUCUUCACCCUCAAGAAGAAAUAAAUAAACUCUAAAAUUUGCCCCUCCUAUUUUCCCCAUCCCAGAUGUAUAUCUCCCCUCCCCUCAUCUCGUUCACUCUCUCUUCCCCAUGUGAUCUUCUCUCCCUCUACAUCCUCUUCAGGAAACAUUAACCCCCACCUCUCCCUUUUGCCCUCCAAAAGCAACUAUCCUAGAUCCUCCCGAGCCUAAUUUCAGACCCAGUGUGACACUUAUACUUGUGGGAGUUAGAAAGCUAGCGCUGGUUGGGUACAUGUUGUUGGCUGCUGUCUUUAAAUGCUGCUGGGAUUGGAAAGGAAAAACAAAAUCUGCUAUAUAAGCCAUCAUAAGCUUCUCUUUAUGCAGUAACUCCCAGGCUGGGUCUGAAUAGUCACAUGAUUAGGACUUGUUCUUAAUAUAUAUUUUUUUGUGCAUAUUUUUCUCCCCUCCCCCCCUCCCUCUGUCUCCCUCUUUUAACAUACCUUUCCCUUUGCUGGGAUUUGAGUUGUGUAGAUGGUACCAUACAUGGUAUUACUGUUAUUAUUUUUUUUCCCCUAAGGAAUAUAAACUGUUAACAGUUUUGUGUAAUAGCUCUGGUGGAAGGACAUGCGAGUCUGUGCAGUUCCCAAUUCUUGUCUGCCUAGCACUGCCACGGCUGAGUUUUCCGAUUAGUGUUCCUCUAUGUGUAGAGGAUUGUGUGUGGAAAUGUAUAUUAAGUGUUUUGUCAUUUGUCACUUACUUUAUCCAAGUAAUGAUUUGUUAAUUUUUAUCAGUCUUUAGCUGUAGUAUCACAUUUUCAUUAGAUAGCACUAAUUGUACUGUACAGAAAUAAUAGAAUCAUACCUAUUAUGCUGCUUUGUGCUUACAUUUUUAGAGAUAUGAUAUUUCAUGUACCACUUCAUAGUCGUUCAAAUCAUUACCAGAGUAUGGAAGGCCAGCCAGUACCAUAAUUCUUGUGAAUGGGCAAAUACAUGCUGCUUUAAAAUGUAUGUGUGGCACAGUUAUAACCAUUUAUAUCCCAUAAACCUUUAAUCCUAAAUGGUCAUAUCCUACUAAAUCAAGUUCACAAGUUUGCUGUCUCUACUUUCAAAAACCAAAAAAUGCCAAAAAAAGGACUGAAGACCUGCAGAAUGAUGUGCUAAGACUGGCCACCCUCUACCAGACGGCCAAUGUGCCCUUGUGGUCAAGAUGAACACGGUAUGAUUAUUUGCCCUCAUUGUGCUCGAUUUUGUGCUUUAAUUAACUUCUAAUUACAGGUUGACUAGUUCUCUGCUGGGGCAUCUUACAUUAUGUUUGGAAAGCAAUUUUUUUUUUAACAAAUUCUAAAUUAAAUUUCUCUAUUAAUAAUUAAAAAAAAAAUUCUAGUCAGGGAACAACAAGAAAAUUAUUCUUCCAUGAGUUUGUCUCACUAUCAUAUACCUUGGUGUAUAUGUUUCCCAGUUAGGGUUGAGAUGUGUGAUUAUUCUCCCAGCUGUUACGCAUAGCUAACAUAGAAUGUCAGCUGUGAUGUUGUGUUUUAGGUUGUCCUUGAUAAAUCUAUAUUUGUAUGUGAAUGUUCCCUUUUUUUCUUUUACUAUCCAAGUUGUUAUUAUAAGAAUCUCCAGCAGAGAAUAGGGCAGCAGAUGGUGACUAACAACAGUUAUGUGCAUUGUCUCACAAGCUAGACAUCUAUUGGUCAUCUGUACCACUAACUUUUUAUUGGAGGGAUGUUAGAUACAUGCUUAAUAGCUUCUUAGUUUAGGGUAAGAUUUCAGCCUAAAAUUACUAAAGAGAGGUAAUUUUAAUUGUUACAAGAUAAAAGUAAACACUGUAUAUCAUAUAUUGUGACACUUAAAUAAAAUGGUUUAAGCUAUAA